AUUUUAAAAAAUUGAUACUUGAAUCAAAAUCGACUCUCCGUAUGUAACUGGGGGCUAUUUUUGAGGUUUCACUAAACGCAAACAGAAACAGGCACAAACGGAUAGAUUUAUAAAAGAUCUGAUAUGAGUAGUCAAACAUAAAUGGGACAAACUGCUAAAUCCUCAACAACCGUACGAUACCAAUCUAAUCCACUCCACACCAUCCGAUCUCUCAUCCACUGGGUCCCCCGCCUAACAAACUCAAAACGUCCCCGAGCUCUGACACUCAUAAACACCAGGUACACGCCAUACCACACUCACGUAAACACUGCGUUAAGCCAUUGAAAUACUCAAACCAACUCCAGAACCUUCUAGCUUCUUCUAGAAGCUCAUUUCAAUGGCUGAGACCAAGAGAUCCACUGGCAACGUCAAGUGGUUCAGUGCACAGAAAGGUUUUGGCUUCAUAGCUCCCGACGACGGCGGCGAGGAUCUGUUUGUCCACCAGACCUCGAUCCAAUCCGACGGCUUCCGGACCCUCUCCGACGGACAGCCUGUUGAGUUCUCCGUUGAUUCAGAAGAAGACGGCCGCACCAAGGCCGUUGAUGUCGUAGGCGCCUCCAGAUCUCGCCGUCCUCCUCGUGGAGGUCGCGGUGGCGGGAGGGGGUACUACGGCGGAAGAGGACGAGGUGGCGGCGGUUUUGGAAGAGGUGGCCGUUCAAAUGGUGGAGGUUAUGGAGGCGGAGGAUAUGGCGCUGGCGGGGGUGGUGGCGAUCGUGCUUGUUUUAAUUGCGGACGGUACGGUCAUUUAGCGAGGGAUUGUUAUCAGGGUAGCGGUGGUGGUGGGAUAUAUGGUGGCGGUGGAAGAAGAGGAUAUUCUGGUGGUGGUGGUGGAGGUAGAGGUGGAGGAUGCUACAAUUGUGGCGAGGAAGGGCAUUUUGCGAGAGACUGUCCUAAUACUGAUAACAAGUGAGAGAAUGUGAGUGGUUUCAGUUAAUGGUGACACGAGCGCGGUGGUUGUGAAUAAUUCUUUUGUGGAUUGUUGCCUUUUCAAGAAAUCUUUCUGGUUAUGCAACGUCAUGUUGCCAGUUCAGUUCUUCUACAUGUCUAACCAGGGGCAACUUGAUUUCUAUUGUCAUAGAAAACCUCAAGAUCAUAUAUUCAGAGAAUUCCCCCAUAUCAAGGUCUUCAAGAUGCGAAGGUUUUACUUGCCUUUAUCUUCACUUGUUUGGCUCUAGUUUGAGUAAUUUGAGCUUUGUAGAUACACAUGUACUUUUCCAGCAUGUAAUUUACAUGUAAAUGAGCGGAUACGUCAAUGUAACUUUAGAAUGUUUUAGGAGGAUCGCGUAGCCAUAGAGCAUUGAUAUGAGAUGAGAAAAGGAAUUGGUACUUUUUU